AUGGAUCGAGUGCUUCUUACCACCUUUCGAAUUAGUUGGCUGCUAAUGGUUGACCUUGCGGACGGAGCGAACUAUAAACUGCAUCUGAUUCUUCCGGCGUCCCACAACUCAAAGAUCAAGCACUCUGGGCGAAUCAAGCCAACGAUACCCUUUUCAGCUACGGCGGACGUGGUGUUUAUGGGAAAGCAGCAGGGGAGCGUCAAGCCGGUGCGGCUGGCAUAUGGCGGACUAAUCCGCACAGCAUACACCGACGCCCCCGAGAUUCAGGCGGCAUACUGGAUUGGCGGAAACAAGGACAGUAAAACAACAAUUUCAAUAACCUACAGCACCAAAAAGUAUGUUUCUGAUAUGAUCCAAUUCAAUACAACCACCGAGGAAUAUGUCGUGCUCGAUGCCCCUUUCACGCCCGUAGAGCGCGCUCUGGUUUACCUUCCAGUCAAUAGGAUGGGAGCACUGCUUUUCUUCGGCGGUGAGGUACCGUCUGUUCAGGAGGGUAUCGAUGCAGAACUUACAUCUGUGCGUUUGCUGUCGUCGUUUACAUGCUCAACUACCAGUCAGAAUGCAUGGGACCACGUUCAUAUCUAUGACAUUGAAUACCAAAAAUGGUUUAAGCAGACAACAUACGGCACUGAAACCUCCCGUACUCAAUCUUGCGCUUCUGUUGUCCACGAUCCCGAGGCCAGCUCGUGGCAGAUCUUCGUCGUCAGCGGAGCAGACUUUGAGUCCAAAGAUAUUGUGACCGAUGUACGAGGUAGUAUGCGCAAGGGCCACGAGGCUGGUAUAAAGGCAGAAAUGGAGCCAAAGGCUCAACCGUUGGGUAAACUCGGCACAGACGAUGUGUUUGGCGAGUUGGAGUAA